AUGAGUACGCGCGCGAACCUGCCGCUCACAGACGCGCUGCCCUACUAUGAUACGGACAUUGAUACCAUUGCGGGAAUGCGUGAGGCAGUGCAGCGCGAAAUCGAGUCGGAGAAGGCGGCUAUGCGCUCUUCUCACGAGGCGUACGCGCCCCCUUUGCAUGCGCUCUUCGUUCAGCAGCCAGCGCUAGCCGCGGAGCUUGAGCGCGCCGAGCGUGGCGAAAAGCUCCAAGCGAUUGAUACAGAGCGGUACAAGCUGCCAGCUCCUGCGCCGGAUGCACCGGAGGAAGCGUGGCUCGAUGCCCUGCGUAAUGCCGAAGUACAACUUGCUCACAUGGACGUGCGGCAGAGGAAUCUCGAGCUACUUCGUCGGUAUGGACGUACGUAUAUUCUUCUCACAACAGCCAACUUGUGGCGCUUGCACAAUUACCAACAAGAAGCCAUGCUCGGUUGGAUUACGGAUGCCCAAGAAACGGCAAAGGAAGAGACCGAUGACCUGAAUCGCGCGCGCAAAGACACCCAUUUGCGUCUCGGCGACAAGAUAUCCACCUACGAAUCGCGCUGGCGUGAUCUAGUCUCUAAAAGUCUUUCGAUUACCGUCGCGAACCUUACGGCACGCGCCGAGAUUGCCGACUACCAUACAAAGAUAGCGGACUUGCGCCGCCAGCUCGCGCGGAUGGACCAGACAGGUGUAUAA